AUGCUGACUUCUAAAAGUGCUUCGCAGGUAGCUGUGUCACUGUUAGCUUCCAAGAACAGCUCUCACACCAGCAGCUCUCUGGUCUCCAAAAACACUGCCAUAGCAAGUGUGUCCCAGCUGGCUUCUAAGAGUAGUACUCAGACCAGCACAGCACAGCUGCCUUCCAAAAGUACUUCGCAGUCUAGUGAAAGUUCCGUCAAGUUCUCUUGUUGCAAGUUAACCAACGAAGAUGUGAAACAGAAACAACCUUUUUUCCAUAGACUGUAUAAAACAGUGGCAUGGAAGUUGGUGGCUGUUGGUGGCUUUAGUCCCAACGUGAAUCAUGGCGAGCUCUUAAACGCAGCUGUCGAGGCUCUGAAAGCCACACUGGAUGUGUUUUUUGUCCCGCUAAAAGAACUGGCAGAUCUGCCUCAAAACAAGAGUUCUCAAGAAAGUAUUGUUUGUGAAUUGAGAUGUAAGUCUGUGUAUUUGGGCACUGGCUGUGGGAAAAGCAAAGAAAAUGCUAAAGCAGUUGCAUCAAGAGAAGCCUUGAAGUUAUUUCUCAAAAAAAAGGUAGUGGUAAAAAUAUGUAAAAGGAAAUACAGAGGCAGUGAAAUAGAAGACUUAGUACUCCUCGAUGAAGAAUCAAGGCCUGUAAACUUGUCUCCAGCAUUAAAACACCCUCAAGAAUUACUGUAA